AUGAACAAAAUCGAUGACUGGGGAUCUUUGGAGGCCGAGGGAAAAAUAUUAAUAAUGAUGAAGCCUCAACACGACGCUACCUUCUCACGCAUGAACAAAAUCGAUGGCUGGGGAUCUUUGGAGGCCGAGGGAAAAAUAUUCAUAACGAUAAAGCCUCAACACGACGCUACCUUCUCACGCAUGAACAAAAUCGAUGGCUGGGGAUCUUUGGAGGCCGAGGGAAAAAUAUUCAUAAUGACGAAGCCUCAACACGACGCUACCUUCUCACGCAUGAACAAAAUCGAUGGCUGGGGAUCUUUGGAGGCCGAGGGAAAAAUAUUCAUAAUGACGAAGCCUCAACACGAGGCUUCCCCCUCAACCGCCCUCAAAAUCAAUGACUGGGGAUCAUUGGAGGCCGAGGGAAAAAUAUUCAUAAUGAUGAAGCCUCAACACGACGCUACCUUCUCACGCAUGAACAAAAUCGAUGGCUGGGGAUCUUUGGAGGCCGAGGGAAAAAUAUUCAUAAUGAUAAAGCCUCAACACGACGCUACCUUCUCACGCAUGAACAAAAUCGAUGGCUGGGGAUCUUUGGAGGCCGAGGGAAAAAUAUUCAUAAUGAUGAAGCCUCAACACGACGCUACCUUCUCACGCAUGAACAAAAUCGAUGGCUGGGGAUCUUUGGAGGCCGAGGGAAAAAUAUUCAUAAUGAUGAAGCCUCAACACGACGCUACCUUCUCAAUCGCUGACCAAAAUCGAUGA